AUGGAUAAAAGCCAAGAGGAGGAAUGGCAAAUUAAACGGUUUCUUUGCAAAGAAAAGGAGGCAAGGAAAACAGAAACUUGCCCCCUAGCUACUAUGCCUACUUCUCCACGCUCACAGAACACAUGUAUUAAUAUUACUAACAUUUUUGAGUCAACAUCAGAUGAUGAUGAUGAAGAAGAAGCCGAUAGAGAAUAUCAUGGAGAAGCUAACGAUGAUGAGGAGCAGGUUUUAGGAAAUGAGUUAGAGUUAUGUGAUGUUGAUCGAAAAAUGGAGAAUGAAUUCAGUGAAGAGGAUGUGGUUAUUGGUCCAAUCUCUGGAAUCCAAUUUAGAGAUAAAGAUACUUUGUUUGCAUUCUACAAAGAACAUGCUAGGAUUCACAAAACCAAGUUUACCACCAAGAGUAACAAUUAUAAAGCUAGGCUAGCUACUGUUUUGGAUGAUUCUGGUUGUUGGCGCGUCUCUAAGGUCGUUCAGGAUCACAAUCAUGAUUUGCUCCCAUCCAUAUCGCGCCUGAUGGUUGUACAUAGGUCCGUUUGUGAUUCUUUGAAGAGGGAUCUUGUAGCUCACGAUCGAUCUGGCAUUAGACCCUCCAAGAAUAUUAGACUUGCUGAGGUUCAACGUGGUGGACCGCAAAAUUUAGGUUUCACUCCAAAGGAUUGUAGAAACUUUAUUUUGAAGAGUAGGAAUUUUGAAGUGCAAGAAGGGGACGCACAGCCGCUGCUCAACUUUUUUCGUGAAAUCCAGGUAAAGGAUAGGGAGUUUUUCUAUUCAAUCGACAUUGAUAAUAUUGGUAGGUUGCAAAAUAUGGUAUGGGUGCAUUCACACUGUAAGAUAACGUAUGAGAAAUUCUAUGAUGCGAUAUGUUUUGAUACGACGUACCUUAUGAAUCGAUAUAAUAUGCCAUGUGCUACAUUUGUUGGCAUCAAUCACCAUAGACAGUCCAUCUUACUAAGAUGUGCUCUCAUGUCUCAUGAAGAUAUCGAUAGUUACAAAUUAGUUUUUAGAACUUGGCUUGAUGCCAUGGGAAAUGUUCAUCCAGAUACGAUCAUAACUGAUCAGUGUCAGAGCAUUAAGGUAGCCAUUGCUGAAGUGAUGUCAAUUUGGCAUAUAUUCUCAAAGUUGCCUCUUUACUUUAGUGGUUUUUGA